UUUCUUUAAAUGUCUGAUUGUCUUUGAAGUGUUAUUCUGGCCGUUUAUUUAGAGUGAAGGGAAAUGGUUUAUCUUAAAGCACGCUGUGUGCAAUAAAGCUACAGUUAGCUGUAGCGCUGUCAGCUCCAAAGGGAUGCCAUGAUGUCCUCCGGAAUCGAAUGUGGUGGUAAAACAUUUUGGCUUAAAUUAGGAAACCCCGACAGUGACGGGAACUUGUGGGAAUCUUGUUCUCUUGCUUGAAGAGCCUAGAACUCCCCCAGGAGUGUGGUGCGCCCCCCUGGGAGAGCAGGGCGAAAUUGCUGCUGUCCAAUGGCCGCCUUCAAGGACUGGACCACCGCUCUGCUUCAGAAGAAGGGAGCGCUGUUUGGCACAGCGUACUUGAUCAGGAUCCUUCUGGUGUUCUAUGGGGUGUAUCAGGACAAGGUCAUGGUGGUGAAAUACACCGAUGUCGACUACCACGUUUUCACAGAUGCCUCGCGGUUCGUCACACAGCCUGCAGAAGCCCUGCCGUGUUUCUCUCGCCACCUGAACGCUCCUGCCUUGCCUUCCCAGGGCUCUUCCCCCUAUAAGAGGGCCACCUACCGCUACACCCCUUUGCUGGCCUGGAUUCUCACCCCCAACGUUUACGUGGCCGCGGUGUUCGGGAAGCUGCUGUUUGUGACGUGCGACGUCCUCUCCGCCCUGCUGCUGCACGAGCUCCUGCGGCUCCGGGGGCUGGGCAGCGCGGCGGCCUGCCGCUACUGUGCCCUGUGGCUGCUCAACCCCCUGCCCGUGGGCGUCUCCAGCCGGGGGAACGCCGAGUCCCUGCUGGCGGUGCUGGUCGUCGCCACUCUGUACCUGCUGGAGCGGGGCCGCCUGAGCCGGGCCGCGCUGUGCUACGGGCUGGCGGUGCACAUGAAGAUCUACCCGGCGACCUACGCCAUUCCCAUCGCCCUGGCGCUGCGGAGACGGCCCGCCCCCACGCUGCUCUCGGGGCUCCUGAGCAGAGACCUGCUCGUGUUCGCGGCCGUGGCUGGGGGAACGUUCUGUGGGCUCGGCCUGGUGUUUUAUCACAUGUAUGGCUGGGACUUUGUGGAGCACACGUACCUGUACCACGUGACCCGGAGGGACAUCCGCCACAACUUCUCGGCCUACUUCUACAUGCUGUACCUGACGGCGGAGAGCCGGGCCAGCCUGGCCCUGGGGCUGGCCGCCUUCCUGCCCCAGCUGGCGCUGCUGCUGCUGACCGCGCUGGCCUUCCACCCGGACCUGGCCUUCUGCUGCUUCCUGCACACCGCCGUCUUCGUCAGCUUCAACAAAGUCUGCACUUCCCAGUACUUCCUCUGGUACCUGUGCCUGCUGCCUCUGGUUCUCCCCUGCCUGACGUUAUCACUCAAGCAAGGACUGGGGCUCCUUGGCCUGUGGUUUGUUGGUCAGGCCCUGUGGCUGGCACCUGCGUAUUAUCUGGAAUUUGAAGGGGACAAUACAUUUGUUCUCAUCUGGCUGGCUGGACUGUUGUUUCUCGUCAUUAAUUCGUUUAUACUCGUGCAGAUUAUCUCCCACUAUAAACCAGAGAUCACCCAGCAGAAAGUUAAAUCGCACUGACUCGAAGACGUCCUGCAGGUUGAACAGGGUUAUACUGAUUUAUUUGGAGGUCACACACUACUACAUGUAGGGUGUUCAUACAGAUGUCUGGCUGAUUUCUACUCUGUACUCUUACCAUCUACCAGUUGAAGUGAUUUCUCACUCUGAUGUGCUGUGCAGUGGGGCUGCACUGCCCUUUAGGGUGAAAAGAGUUAUUACAAGUUAUUGUAAUAAUGAAAUGCGUGCAGUGAGUGAAACUCUGAAGACUGAGGAGCAGCGCUCAGCCCCACUAGGUCAGCCUCCAAAACGUAAAAUAGUUAAUAUAAAAUUGAAAGAAAAAGCAUUAAAAAACCCUAAAACAAAAUAGCUGCAACCACUAUUGGUCUGUCUUGGCUUUCAAAAAAAGUUUUUCAAGGGAAUUGAUGAGGUAUGUUUAUGCUUUGUUUUCCGUUUGGUGUGUGGUGUCUUCUCUAUGGACACGUACAGUAGCUCAUCCGCUUUGGCGCUACCGCCCCCUUCCGUUCGAUUGAAGGAUCAUGCCGCCCGCUACUGCCAUCUAGUGGUUGAAAGAGGAAGGGAAGAAGAGGGGUUGUGUCCUUGGCUCUGACGUCACCGGCGAAUGGGCACGUCUCCAAGCCAGGCGUUCAGAGCAAGACACUGAAGCAAAACCUUGUCUUUCACCCCAGCUCAACGCGCCACAAGUCAGCUGAGUGGUUAGUCAUUGAACUGAAGCAGAUGAACUGAUUUCCCCAGUUUCUGGUGCUGAUGAGGUAAAGAAACGUAAACUCUACAGCAAUGCAGCCACCCAGGACUGGAGUUGAGAUGAGAAGACUUAUUGCCCCCUGAGGGAAAUUUAUUGUGGACAAACAGCACUU